CGCUCGCAGCACUAUCAGCUGGUGGACUUUUUGCCGUCGUGAGCAAAACUUUAAAAUUAUUUUAAAUAAUAAUAAAGGCAGUAAGCUUUCAAAAUGGUUUUAACUAGCGAACAGGUGCCACAGACUGACGCCCAAAUCUUGAAGACCAAACACAAGAAGCAAAGGCAACGCAAUAGACCGCGCAACAAACGAAAUCGUCUGGAAGAUAGUAAUCUAACGACCCCAGAGUCCUCAACCACCGAUUCUGCCAGUGCAAUGCCCGGAAAUCAGGAUGGAGGGUCCACGGAGAAGACACGAGACCAAAUUAUUGCCGAGAGGGAGGCGAAAAAGCUGGCCAAGCAGGCUAAGAAACAGAAUAAGCCAUCGACUUCAGCCCCUCCGGCCACCAAAAUCAUCACCGAAGUGGAGCAGACGACCAUAACCACCAAGCUGACAACCACGACCACAACCAAGGCCCAGGAGAAAGUAAAUUCACUGGCUCCAAAAGCCGAUCCAGCCACUGUGGCAAAUGGCAAGGAUGCGGAACCAGGUGAAAAGUCACGGGAGCAGAUCAAGGCUGAACGCGAGGCCAAGAAGGCGGCCAAAAAAGCUGGCAAAGGAGCAGGAGCCAAAGUGGAAGCCACCACACAACAGUUGGCUGAUCUAAAAGUGGCGGAUAAAGCUAAAGUUUCACUUCCAGCCACAGAUCCAGAUCAGGAGAAGAAGAAACCAGUACUCAGCAAGGCAGAGCGACGAGCCGUACAAGAAGCCCAGCGGGCAGCCAAGGCCCAAGGACAGACUAAGAAAUCGCAGCCUGCUGGCAAGACUACUACCACCGCUCCUCCCAAGGAGACGAAGCGGGAGAGUGCCUCUCCCACCAAAGCAGCCACAAGCAGCUCACCUAGCAAAUGUCCAGCGAGCACACCAAACGGAGAAUGCCGAGUGAAGCUCUUCAAUCACCUGGUGUGCGCCAAGGGAGACAGCCAGUUUAUCAACGAUCCGCUGGUGCAUCCGAGCAUAGCUAGUUUGGGUGUACAGUAUGCCAUGCGCACGGUGGUCGGGUCCAAUGCCAGGUGCAUCGCUUUCCUGCACGCGCUGCGCCAGGUGGUCCAAGACUUUGAGACGCCCGCCAAGAAGGAGUUUGGUCGUAGCUUAGACGCUGCUGUGAAGCACCACGUAGACCACCUGCACAAAUGCCGACCGCUCGCUGUGUCCGUGUCCAAUGCAUACAAACAAUUUAAGAACCAACUAACACAACUUCCGGCAGAUGUACCAGAAACGGAACUUAAAGAACUCCUCGGCCACUUCAUUGAUACUUACAUAGAGAAUCAAAUCGGCAAAGCAGCCCAAGCGAUAAGCGGUUUCCUGCAGGAGAAGAUCACCGAUGGCGAUGUGUUGCUGACCUUUGCCUGCUCCUCGCUCAUCCAGUUCAUCUGCGAGGAGGCAAAAAGGCGCCAGGUGGCCUUUAAGGUGAUUGUCGUCGAUUCCGGACCCGGAUGCGAGGGUCAGGAGAUGUUGCGUCGUCUGCACGCUUAUGGAAUCCCAUGCACCUAUGUGCUGAUCAAUGCCGUUGGAUAUGUGAUGGCGGAAGCCACCAAAGUACUGCUCGGAGCACACGCUCUGCUGGCCAACGGCUAUGUAAUGGCGCGGACGGGAACUGCCCAGGUGGCACUGGUGGCCAAUGCCCAUAAUGUGCCCGUGCUUGUCUGCUGCGAGACGCACAAGUUCAGCGAGCGCUUCCAGACGGAUGCAAUCGUCUACAACGAGCUAAGCGAUCCCAACCAGCUGGUGCGCGGAGAUAAAUGCCAGCUAAACAAUUGGUCGGCCAAGGGAAAACUGAUGCCCCUCAACCUCAACUACGACAUUACGCCCCCGGAGCUGGUCAGUGCCGUGGUCACAGAAGUGGCUAUCCUGCCCUGCACCAGUGUUCCGGUCAUUCUGCGCAUCAAGCCCGACAUUGGCUACUAAUCAGACUUCUUCGAUCGCUCAGUGGUAACUCGCAGUUGUUGAAUAAAUAAUUUUUAUUACACUUUGAUCAAAUCGAUAAACAA